CUAAGCGGAAGUCUUCGAAGUACCGCGUGGCUACGAUGACAGAUGUAAACAAACGGCUGUAGUCCUGUAAAACUCCCUCGACUCCUGCUAUUAAGAUGAAGAUUACGAAAACAUACUAGACAUAGGAGACUGUCAUCCUCAAAACUCAACUAUUGAGAUCAUACAAACAAGUGGGCUGAGGGCGCGCUUUUGCCGGACAUGAACAGUGUGCAUUUAAGAGCUAGCGAACUAGCUGGUUCUAUCCCUUACUCGAAUGAUGGACGUUUAGAAACUAUCGAAACUACGUUUUGUGAUUCCGUAGAAUCAUCUAAUUGUUCUGUGUUUCCGUAAAGGAAGUAGGAGGUCGAGGUUGUUUGAAAUCUGUAAGCAUUUGGUUGUCCGCCGGUAUUGAUAGGCCUAUUGACAACAUUGUAAAGGUAUUAUGAUCAAAUGUUUAUGAUUGUGAGCCUGAGGGCUACUCCAAAGCAUUCCCCAAUGGAGAAAACGAGAACCGCUGGGACACAAUCUGUAAACAGAAGCUUAAACUUUGACCAGUCACGUGGUGCUGUUGGUAAAAAAGUUAGUUUGUUUGAGACAAAAUCUAGUCACAACCUCUACAGAAGAAGAAGACAGACGAUCUAGCUAAACUUCAGAAGAAGAAAAAUGAAAUUUGUGGAGUUGUUUGGUCGUCUGAAAUCUGUGGUCAUUGGAAUGGUCCAUGUCCAAGCCUUGCCAGGAACACCUUUGAGCAGCAUGGCCAUCCCCCAGAUUGUUGAAGAGGCAUGCAGAGAAGCAGAGAUUUAUCACAACGCAGGGAUUGACGGGCUUAUCAUUGAGAACAUGCAUGACAUCCCAUACUCCUUCUCUGUGGGGCCAGAGGUGUGUGCCUCCAUGACGGCUGUGUGUGAUGCAGUGAGAGCCUCCUAUUCCUCCAUACCCCUGGGCAUUCAGAUCCUGUCUGCAGCCAAUCAGCCUGCUCUGGCUGUAGCUCUGGCCUCAGGGUUGGAUUUCAUACGUGCUGAAGGGUUUGUGUUCUCCCAUGUGGCUGAUGAGGGCAUUCUUAACGCCUGUGCGGGUGACCUGUUACGAUACCGCAAGCAGAUAGGGGCUGAGCGUGUGCAGAUCUACACCGAUAUUAAAAAGAAACACAGCUCCCAUGCCCUGACAUCAGAUGUGAGUGUAGUAGAGACGGCCAGAGCUGCAGAGUUUUUCCUUUCUGAUGGCCUCAUCAUCACUGGAACAGCCACAGGGCUGCAGGCAGACCCAGCUGAACUUAAAGAUGUUGCCCAGUCUGUAAAGAUCCCAACUCUGAUUGGCUCAGGAGUAACCUAUGAUAAUGUUGAAGACUACCUGGAUGCUAAUGCAAUGAUCAUUGGCUCUCAUUUCAAGAAGGGAGGCUACUGGGCCAAUCAGGUAGAUCCAGAAAGGGUGAAGAGAUUCAUGGAGAAAAUUCACAAACUGCGACUCUGAAAGAUUUGUAUCAAUACCAAAGUGCAAUACAUGCAGUUAUUUUUUAACGUGUGUUGGAAUACAGUCAUAAUUCAAAAAGUGUUGUCUCCAUUAUUUUGCAAAAAGAGAUGCUGUCAACAAUUUAACAAAACAAAUGUAUUUUAUAUAUUUUUCCUUUCAUAAAUAUACCUGAUACAAAAUAACUGUAUUUACAACUGGACUUUUAUCUAACAUGAAGCAUGUGACAAACAAUCACUGCAAACUCUACUAAACUAAAAGUUAUAAAAUAAUUUACUUGAUACAAAACAUUACAAUCAGUGUUUGAUAUGUCUUAGAUGAUGUAACGGCACCUUAUGUAAAUAAUAGUA